UUCGUCAAACGUUGACGCAUCAUCUCGCAUCUUCAUACCUCGCUUCUUUGAGUAGCAAUCACUGAUACUUUACAAUGGGAGUAUCGACCUUGGAAGCCGAUUCCACACGCGCGGGAACGAUUGGGGCUGUGAUAUUCCCCCCGCAAGCAGUCAAAUACUACAAUCCAGUUGUGUUCGUGCACGGCGAUCACCAAACUGGAGACAUUUGGGGGUGGAAAGCUGAUGGCGAGCCUGGAUGGGCCUUCCAUUUCUGCGCGGCCGGGUUUUUCACUUUUGUACUCUAUCGCCCUUUCCAUGGCUGCGGCCACCCAGAGCAACUAGCUAGUUAUGAAUCUUUUGGAUGCGUUAUUAAAACCCUGUCUAAAGACGAGCUUCAGAGAUGCUACACGGCUCCCCGAAGCCAAUCACACGAAGUAUAUUGGCCGUCUGUACAGUCCCACUGUAUGUGGGACGGGACUGGCGAACCAGGAGACCCGAUAUUUGAAAGGACCUACACGCGUAUGGUACCGGAGUAUCUUGACCCACAGGAGCAGCAAUAGAGUGGCGUCCGGUCCCUGAUGCGUUUCUUGGAGAAAUUUCCAAGCCCGGCAAUCCUAGUUGGUCAUGGGAGCGGUGCAACAAUCUCAUGGCUAGCAGCUGAUCAGACACCUCAUCUGGUUGCUGCCAUAGUUGCUAUCGAGCCAACCGGUCCACCAUUCACCAAUGGAUGGGUUAACGAUGGUGGAAAGCAAAUAUUCAAGCCGCGUUUUCCGGAUCCCCAGAGCCUCCCCUUCCCAUGCAUUCGACCAUACGGGCUAUCCGACAUCCCUAUGGGCUUUGUCCCUCCGCCUCUCUUCCCCAGUAGCUUUGAAGAGCUUCUUCAGGACGCUGCAUAUAUCGAUGAAGUUCCCAAACAUAAAAGAUUCCAGCCGAUACCAUUUGUCAGGUCGGUGGACCCACUCACGAGAACUGAGUGCUACCUCCAGGACGAAGCAAACGGCCCAGUUCGCAAGUUAUCAAACCUCAAAGAUAUUCCGCAAUGCGUGGUCACAGCUGGCUCAAGUUUCCAUACUGAAUAUGACUAUGCCACCGUUGCUUUUCUUCGUCAGGCUGGCGUGCCUGUCUCACACCUCAAGCUCCCUGAAGACUUUGGGCUCUAUGGCAAUGGUCAUCUGCUCAUGCUGGAACACAACAGCUUGGGCAUUGCAAACUGGCUAAUCAAAUGGAUUAUCCAGACCCUAGAUCCCCGACCAACAAAUCCUGAGUUUCAUACCAGGGCGGAAUGGUGCUUGAUUAUAGUAAGGUUGAUGAAGGGACAGAGGGCAGAGAAGAUGACAUUUUUAUUGGCUUUGCUCCAAGAAAGAUAGUUCAAGUAUGACAUUGCACAGCGGAAUCAAUCAUUCACUUCCGGGCUCGUGUGUUCGUCAUACUGUUGCCAGCCCGG